CUGGCAGUUGGCUGCCAACACAGUGCUGUUCUGUUGCUGUGCCAUGACUUGUUCGUCAUGAUCGGUGCGGAACAGAGAGGGAUUCGCCGUUGGCCUCCUGUGGAUUGAGGUGUAAUGGGAUAUGUGACAACAGUGAUUGCUCGAAGACACCUCUCUUAAGUGGAUUUUUUAAAUACACUGGUAGAGUGAAUGCACGCCUAACAAGACGAGGCAUCGGCUCUUUCAGUCUCAAGUGGUCCCCUGCCGAGACAUCUUCAAUCUGAUCAUAUAUAUUUGCUAUGUGACGUCCCCUGGCAGAUUGUCGAGAGGCGGGCAGGCGUCAGCCAUAACAAAGAUUACUACAGUAGCUUCAGGGGAUUUGACCUGAUCGACUACGUUGGAUGAGAGCGAAACAGAGGCAGGAGCGGGGAUUAUUUAAGGCUUAUGGCUUACAGUGCUCUGUGAUCAUUCAUUCUCUCUGGUGCUUUGCAAAAUGAUGGGUCUCUCUUCUGUGGCUGGCAGGCGAAGGAUCUUUAGAAAUGGACAUUUUGGAAAAAUCUGAGAUGUGUUGAUCGAAGGUGACAUGAAGGACUCGUGUCGCGUGUGCAGCGGUCGUCUGGUUGGCAACCAGUGUCGCUGGAUCUUCAGCUCAGCCGCAAAGAGGAAGCUACAGAUCAUUUUGUCACACGUGCUCGGACGGGAGGUGACUCGCGACGGCCGCGGGGAGUUCCUCUGUGGAAAAUGUGUAUUCCAGCUGGAGAAGGUGAUACAGUGCGACGUGAACCUCAGCCAGCUGCAGGAACAGCACAACAGCCAGGUGCAAAAAAUACAAGCGGAGAAAGCGCACCUGAUCCAAUGCAUCAUCCACGUCUACAGUAAACACAAUCUCGACUUGGAAAAGAGCGACGAGGACAGCGUCCGCUCAAAGACUUCACUAAGAUUAUCCGGGGCAGCCAGUUUUGACGAUGAGGCCGCCAGUCUGCUGCCCGAUGACGCGCAAUCGCCGAGGGAGGGCAUUAGUAGUCACCGCAUGAGGAGAUGUGUGAGUCUGGAUAGACUCGUGAGUAAAGGAGUCUUCCCGGGACGUUCAGGCCUCAAGAAAUGGAGGGUAGGGUCAGCUGUGGGGCUGGACAGACCAAUGAAGAGCUGUGGUUUGCGGGCCUCGCGGGGAUGCUCUCAGAGCAUGUACCUGGACCUGGUCCACUACAAGGGGACCUUUCCUAGACACGGAUUCAAAGGCCGCUCCGCAUCGCUGCAGUCCCUCAAUCGAGACUUUGACUCUCCAGAAGCCACGCCACGUAAGACAAAAGUCCGAGAAGCUAAGACAUUUGUCCUCAGAAACGUUGCCACUGAUGAUCCAAUGGGAAAGGCUCAAGCUAAAGCGCUCCUGCGCAGUUCCUCACGACAGCCCUCGGUGAUCUCUGACCUGAUCCAACUCCUGCGCUGCAUCAGCAAGCAAGGAGUUUCAGUCCCCGCCGGGAGCCGCAUCCCUGUCCUGAAAAGAUUCAGUACUGGCCAUUCCCAUGCCUGUAACAAGCGUGUACGCAGAGAGGCUAAGUGGAAGUCUCUGCAUGACCUAACAGAGGAAUUUGAUGAUCAAUACACGCCUGCCACUGCGGAGAGCGAGCUUCAUCGACUGGAGUCCAUCAACAAGCAGCUCAAUGAAGAGCUCAUCCAGGCAAAAAGCACUCAUGAGAACCUGACAAAGACACUGGAAGAAACCGAGAGUGAAAGCAAGACACUGUCAGUAAGGCUGGACGAGAGAGAGAAUGAACUCCACAGGGAGAAGAAAAACGGCCUAAAGCGAGACAAAACCAUCCAAGGGCUCACGCAGGUCCUCAAAGAAAAAGAGAAAGAGAUUGCAGAAUUGUGUCAUGAGAUUGAGGACCGUGAUGAUGCUCUCGCUAAGGCCAGGGAGACAGCGCACAAGGUCCAGAUGCAGAAAUAUCAGGGAACAGAAGAGCACCAAACUCUAUUAAUGGCCAAGCAAACAGAGCUGGUCCAGCUCCAAGGCGAGCACCACGCCAAGGUACUCGAAGCCCAAAAGCUGCAGCGGGCCCUGGACAGGAGGGAGCAGGAGCUGUCUGACUUGCAGCGGGCAAAGGAGCAGCUCGAGGUGGAGCUGGAAGACCUGCAACAGCAGAAGAAGAAGGGAGACAAAGCCGUGAAUGAUCUGAACAACCAACUGAAAAAGCUAAGCAGCGAGAUCGGGGAGAGGGAAAGUUCUCUGGAGCAGCAUUACCAGGAGCUGUUGCACCAAACCCAAAGAAAAGUGCAGGCCCAUGAAGUCACCAUCCAACGGCUAACAUCCACCUUGGCCGAUAAAGAGCAGCAGUUACAGGAGUACAUAAACAUGGUCAGAGAUAUUGAGGAAAAGAAGAGCCCGCCAGGAAAUGACAGCAUGCUUGCUAAGCUGCGCCAAAGGCUGAAAGAAAAGGAGAAAGCACUGGAGCAAGCGCUGGACGAGAGGUUUGUGGCCAUUGAGGAGAAGGACAACGAAAUCCACCAGCUGCAGCUGUCGCUCAGGGAGAAGGAGAGAGAUCUGGAGAGGCUCAAUAACUUGCUGUCACGCAACGAGGAAACUAUUAAUAGUUUUGAUAGCUUGAUCAAGGAGAAGGAUGUGGAACUACAGCACCUUGCAAACACACUAAAGAACCUGCAAAGGGCCAAGCAAGACGUGGAGGACAACCUGAACAGGUCGCUGAGGGAGAAAGACGCCAUCAUCAGCCAACUGCAACUCUCCCUCGACGGCAAGACCAAAGAUUUGGAGGAAAUGUCUGAAUCGGUGCCGAGCAAGUCGCAAAGUUACGACUUGGCCGAGCAGAUGGGCCAGAGGUUAAAGGUGAACGAGGCAAUGCUGGCCGAGGCUAUGAACGCCAGGGAAAGGCUUGUCGCCGACAACGAGGCCGCCGUGGAAGGACUGCUGGCUACGAUUAAUAGCAAAGACCAACUCAUCAAGGAGUCCGCUGAGCACUACAACCGCAUGCUGUCCGAACGCUCCCAGGAGAUCCAGGAGCUGAAGAGGCAGCUGUCUGACCGGCAACAGAAACUGGCCACCGCUGAGAGGCAGUGCUCCACGACGGCCCAAAAGGACUCUUUGGAAACCGCCAAGCUCAGAGAGCUCCUCGCUGAAAAAGACAGCAUCAUCGACAGACUCCUCCAACGUGCUGAGGAGACAGAGUACGACAAGGAGCCAGAUUAUGUGCUAGAUCUGAGACAAACCAUCCAGAUCAUGCAGGAGAAGUUGGACGGGCAAGCUGAGCUCUCCAGGAGGAACAGCGACGAGAGCGUGGAGAGCAUUCCACUCUCCAAGAAGACCGUUGUAAUCCUUAAGAAAGAGCUGGCACAGAAAACAGAGGCUCUCAACAAAGCACUGAAGAGGGAGAACGAACUGAAGAUGUCUCUGGUGGAGCUCCAGUCGUUGCUUUCUGAGCUGGAGAGCCGCAGUGAAGGCCAGGCUGCUAAUAUUGAGUCCCUGGUUGCCACCCUGGAGACCAAGGAUGAGAUCAUCCAUGACCUCCAGCAGCGUCUCUGCCAGCCAGGGGACACUCAGGGUGAUCGGGUCCAGGAUCGGGUCAUUGGCAGCAGCUUGGAUCGAUUGCCUUCAGGGCUCCCUCAAAGAGAGAGAACCAUGAUUGGCGGAGACAGCCAGCAAGAAGCACUGCCCAGCCUGAUAGCUUUGCAGCAGGAGCACAAGGCUCUCAACAAAGCGCUGAGGGCCGAGCAACAGCUUUACUCCAGCCUGGUCAGGACUGUGAAGGAGCAGGACAGUGCCCAACGUCUCCAUGCUCUGCAGCUGGAGCUGACGGCAGUGCAGCUCCUCAGGCAACAGCUGGAGGACGGCGUCAAAGCCAACGAGGAGCUCAGGGACGACUUGGACAGAGAGCUAGACAGAGCCAAAGUCAGAGAAGGUGUGAGCGUGGUCGAUCCCAAAGAACUGGAGAGCGUUCAGCAUCAGCUGGAAGAUGCCCAGCGCUGGAAUGCCUCUUUGCAGGCCCGCUUUGGGGCGAUCCAGAACCGCGGUGGUGGAGUGGGCGGGGCCAACGACUGCGGAGACUCGCUGAGCUUCGCCGGCGACCAGACCUCUUACAUGAGUAUCUGUGUGGGUGAGGGGCACGACGACAGAUCGCAUCAGGAGCUCAAACAGAAGGUACUAGAGCUGCAGGACUGUGUCAAAAGGCUUCAGGCUAUAAACAAGGAGGAGAAAAACCCAGCCAGCGGUCAUCCCUGGAAACAGCAGCCAGACACCACAAGGAUUACGGAGGUGCCACCUGUAGAUGAUCAGACGCGCCGAUCUCAAGAUCAAGCGAGUCAGACGGACAUCUCUCUGGGGCAGUCGCCAGUGGAUGAGAGUGUGGACAGCGGUCUGGGCCAGAGCAGAGAGCAUGCUCAGUGUGCCGCUGCAGAGACCGAUUCUGUAAAUUGUCUGCUGACCGACAGUGGUGCUACGUCACUCCUGCAACUUAGAGAGGAAGUCCUCAGGCUAACGGCUGAAAACGUGCAACUGCGAGGUUUGUUGAAGGAACAAAAGUCCAGCGAGAGCAAAGAGAAGGAGAGCACGGACGCGUCUGGGAACAGCAGCGACGGGCAGGCUGAGUUAAGACGGAGCCGGGAAACUUUGCAGGCUCAAACUAAGGACAAAGAGGAGGAAGGCGCUAAGGAUAGGGGGACCCUGGUCACCACUGAGGGAGUGGGAACUCUGCAAGCUGGCCACCACAGCAAGAUUACAAAGCACAGGGCCGGUUUAAGAUCUCGUCUGCCUGUCCCGGUGAGGCCGAGAGCGGAAGUUUGCAGCGACACACAUUCAGAGCCAUGUAAAGCAGACGCAGCGCAGCACCUUCACACAGACUCUGACCAGAAGUCAUUUGGAGACUCCACCGCAUCAUCGCAGCCGAGUGACGGCCCCUCUUCAUCCCACGGCCAUGCUCACGAUAACAGCUAUCCUGCCACGCGCACGCCUGAUGACACCCAGGCCCACGCUGCUCUUUUUGCCCAGCUGGAGCUCCUCCAUCAGGAGUGCCAGGACAAGGAGGCUUUGAUCAACAAGCUGGGCGAGCAGCUGGCUGACUGGGAAGAACUCCACGCGCAGCUCCGGGACAAGGAGCAUCUCAAUAGCCAAUACGUGGUGGCCUUGAAAGCUGCCGAGUCCACCAUCGCAUACCUGACCGCCUGCAGUCUGGACAGCCAGGGUGGGUCUGGACCAGGCGCAGGGUCCGCUUCUGUGGCCUGCAACAGCACGCACCUGGAUUUACAGAAAGUGCUCCAGGAGAAAGAGGUUCUCAGCAAGCAACUUACACAACAUUUGAACUUGGCAGAGAAGCACAUCUUGUCACCAGACAGCCAGGAAAAGCGGGCAGAAUUUGCAGAUCUCCGUUUGAAGAUAGAGGCAGUGAACGCCUCGUCAAAUGAGCAGAGAUCCUUAGCUGUCUUUGGAGGACCUGAGGGUUUGGUGCAAAAUGAUUCUUUGCAGGGUAGGCCAAGACAGAGUAAUUCCACGCAGACAGCAUCAGAAUCUCUCACAGAAAAAGAGUUGAAGGAUCAGCGAAGCACAAGCAAAAGUUCAAAUCUUGUUUCAAAUAAGGGGAUGACCAAAGUUCUUGCGAAAUGCCUUAGCUUGGUAGAAUCGGUCAUUGCUUCUCUAGCAGCAGUCUGCACAAAUAACAGCUCAUUCACCAACCCUGAGCUACAGGAGCAUUUGGACAACCUCCAGAGGGCUCUACAAAACAGACAAGAACUGGAGCACCUGACUCAAGCCACUCAACCAAGCAGUCACUCUGAAGAGCUUCUCAACUCUGAGCUCCAUCGCAAUCUGCGACUCCUCUGCAAGGUCCUCGCCGAUCACUCUCAGACGAUUUGUGAGCUCCAGGCCUCCCUGCAGGAGGAGAGGGCGCGUCGGGAAGAGAGCGAGGCCCACGCGGCGCUUUCAGAUGCCAAGGGCUUAGCACCGAACGUUCAGGCCCAGCUGGAGACUCUGCACAAGGCGCUGAGGGAGAAGAAAAAAGCCUGCAAAAACCUGGAGGAGAAACUGGCCACGGCUCAAUCCACACCGUCCCCAAAUAACACGGCACGCAAAGCUGUGGAGCAGGAUGACAAAAGUGUGCAGGUGGAUUUGCAGGACCUUGGUUACGAAACCACGGGCAAGAGUGAGAACGAUAGGGAAGAGAGCAGUAGCACAGUGUUUAAAGAAUCCCUGUUUUACUAUCCCCAUCCCUCCACGGAUCCAGACCUCGAGAUAGGUGUCAAAGCAAGCGGAAGCGCUUCUAGUUUCCCUUUGCUGCUGAGUCAAGAGCAGGCGCACUUUUCCUCCACUGAACAUCUGGACUCCACCUCCAGCACUCCGUACCCGAGUUCCCCGACCUUGAGCUCGGCCAAGAUCAGUCUGAAAAGCCUGCAGACCUACGAGGAAUACGGUCUCUCCGAGGACCCGCUGCAGCUCCAGGCACAGGUACGAGAGUUGAAGAUUCAGUUGGAAAGCCAGACCAAACUCGUCAGCCAGAUGCAAAGUCUUGUGCGGAGAAACUCCAUCAACCUGGUGGCAGGCCACCGCUCUGACCAAUCCACUAAUCGGGAUGGAGCACAGGGCCGUCACCCGAGGCCCAGUAGGGAGCAGAUGCGGGAGAACGAGGGUGAUGGAAAGGACCAGUCCAUUAGGAGUGAAGCCAGCGAGGCGGCAGGAAAGAAGGGCAUGAAGGAGGAGCUGCAGCACGCUCGCAGCCGUUCGACAUCCCCUGCCAGCUUGGACUCUCUGGUGCAGUCGCAGGCCAGGGAGCUGUCGCAGCUCAGGCAGCAGAUCAAGGAGAGCCGGCGGCUGGGCAGCCUACAGCGUCGUCAGAUGGGGGAGCUGAGCAGGGCCUUUCAGGAGCUGCUCCAGGCCAGCCCGGUGGACUGCUACAUGGGCGAGGUGGUCAAGGGGCAGCUGGACAAGACCCUGAGCAUUCUUGAUCGGCUGGAGGGACGCCUGGACAAAGGAGAGACUCAUCAGGAUAAUGAAGACGUGGCGGCUCUGGAGCGUUCUCGCAGGUUGGCCAAAGAACUUCAGGAGAAGAACCGCCUCAUCCAGAGCCUGCAGAGUCAGGUCCGAGGUCAGAGUCCCAGCAGCCCCCACAGCUCCCACUCAGAUGGACACCCCUCGGACGGGGCCGCAUCCUCCUGCUACGGUAGCCCGCCCGUGCAAGGGGGAGGAACGGAGGUGGCGGGCGUGUCCGGCGACCAGGAAGCGGGCGGCCGACUGCUGGGCUUGCAGAGGGAGAACGGACUCCUUCAUGAGCGGCUGAGGAGCAGCGAGCAGCUCAACGGCAGCUUGCGUAGCGAGCUGGAGCUGCACCUGUCCGUCAUGGCGCAUCAGCAGGACCGCGAUUCUCUGACGGAAGCGACAAAGCGCGAUGAGGGGGGCGGCUCGGCGGCAAACGCCUCUGCGGAAGCGCGGGCCGUCGAUUCAGACCUGCUGGCCGAGCACCUCGAGGAGAUCCGAGCUCUGAGGCGGCGCCUGGAAGAGAGCAUCUCCACCAACGACCGCCUCAGGGAGCAGCUGGAGAGGAGGCUCGCCGAGGUGGAGAAAGACACAGCAGCCACCAACAUCUUCAUCCACGGCAACGAGGAUCAAGCGCAGCUGGUCAACGAGGUCCGCUUCCUGUGGGGUCAGAACCAAGACCUGAAGGAGCAGCUCCACCAGGAGUCCAAAGACAAACAGCGGGAGCGCGAGCGGCUGCGGGACAACCUGGCGAGGCGCACGGCCAAGCUGGAACAGAGCAGGCAGCAGGGCGACGUCCUGAGGCAGGAGAACGCCAGGCUGCGGGACAAGCUGGAUCUCGGCGGCCGAGAGAACGCCAGGCUGCUCCGCUCGCUGCGCGCCAGCGAGGACCGGCUGCGCAGUUUGCAGUGCGAGGCGAAGCUCCUGCGGCAGCAGGUGACCGACUCGCAGCGCCUCCUGCAGUCGCUGCACGUGGAGCUGCAAGUUCACGAGAAGAUUGAGACGGCGACGCAGGGUCAAAAACCCGGCAGCACGACGCAGGAUCCGGCCCGCCCUCCCUCCGGCACGGCGGACCUGUCCGAGCUGCUGUCGGAGAUCCGCCGCCUGCGGCUGCAGCUGGAGAGGAGCAUCCGCACCAACACCACGCUGCGCCAGAGGCUGGAGGAGCAGCUGUGGCGAGGAGCCGGCCACUCCGAAACCAUCAACGUCAACUACCUGCUCUCCUCUGCAGAUGAAGGAAGCGGGCCGCCCGGUCGUGAAGGCGCCGACGUUCUCGUCCACGGUGACGGCGCAAAUGGUAAUCGGGCGCGCUGCGAGGUGGGCGGCGACGGCGGCGGUAGCAGCAGUUCCGGCGAGAGUGUGACCGCCGCCCCCUCCCGCCUGGUGCCGGGCCACCGCCUGUGGGCCAACCGCAACGGGCGCCACAUCCUGGCGCUGGUGGAGGACUACAGCGCCCUCCGCAGGCACAUCUCGGAAGGAUGCAAGCUCUCGCGCGGCAUGGAUGUGCGACUCCAUCAGUGUUUCAACAGCAAGGUGAUGGACGAGGAGAGCGUGAAGCUGUUAUCCGGCGACGUGAGCACCGUCCAGCAGGUUCUGGACGAGGCCGCCCGCCUGCUCAAGCUGGUGUGGAGGGUCUCUCUGCCAGCAGGGGGCGCCGGGGCUGGGGGCAACAACCAGCAGGACGAUCUGAAGAAGGAGAUCUCCCGUCUGAAGAGCAGACUGUCUCAGCAGGAGAGAAUGCUGAGCGGAGCCGUCAAACGCCUGCGAACCACCAACCAGCUCAAGGAGGGCAUGGAGCGGGUCAUCGUCGACCAGCUGUCUCUCACCCAUGGCGUGUUAAAGAAAGCCCGCGGCAAUUUAGAGAAAAAUCACUGUUACCUCUUUGGCCCACAAGGCCCGACUGGAGGACAAGGAGGUGCCUGUAAAUGGCCAAUAGGGGGCGUCGACGUGUACACCUCAGACGAGCAGUGACCACACUUCCCGUUUCUGUUCCUGCUGCGUCAUGUUUUUCUUGUUCAUUUAACUGUUCAGCCUUUUUUUUUCCCCCCUACUUCAUUUGCACAGAAGUGGCUUUUAAGAGUUUUAGGUACUGGUGGUGUAUGUUUUAUUUCAAAUUUGUACAUAAUCAAUUGAUCUGCUUUAUAUGAUGCUUAUAUAAGAAGAUGGACGUGUAUAUUUUGUUGAAUGCAGUAAAAAAAAAAAAAAAAAAAAAAGUUUGAA